AUGGCCACCACCGUCAUGAGCUCACUUAGCCUGAAACCGGCGCCGUUCGCCGUCGAGAAGUCCGCCGUUAGAGGGCUGCCGCCGCUGGCCAGAACCACCCGCUUCCGGGUUGUUGCCAGCGGUGUCAAGAAAAUCAAGACCGAUAAACCCUAUGGAGUUAAUGGAGGUAUGGCGUUGAGGGAUGGUGUCGAUGCCUCCGGCAGGAAGCCCAAGGGGAAGGGUGUUUACCAAUACGUCGACAAAUAUGGUGCUAACGUUGAUGGAUACAGUCCCAUCUACAAUGAAGAUGAGUGGUCUCCAAGUGGUGAUGUUUAUGUUGGAGGUAAAACUGGAUUAGCCAUAUGGGCUGUUACUCUUGCUGGUCUUCUUGCUGGAGUUCGACCACCAUGGCGAGGAGAUGGCACCCUCGAUCAGUCCCGAGUUCGCGAGCGGGCUGGGGGUGGUUUCAGACAUGGUGGCGAGCGCGACGGAGAAAAAACCCUAGGCUUCAAGGGGUUCAAUCGGCCGCGCCGCCGCUGGGACGACGGGUGCGAUGCUGCCGGCGACGGCGGCGCAUACCGACAGCAAAUGGAGGCGCCUGUUUUGGACGAGUUUCACUACCCCGUGAGAAUUUUCCGGCAUGCUGAGGCGGGCUGGGGUCGAGAUGGACGCCGUGUCGCUGAGGACGCCGACUACUACCAUUGUCGCGCCGCCUGGCCGCAGGAACAAAACCUAGGCGAUUUCCGGCAACGAGAAAAGUAG